ACACCAUAUGCUGUUGGAGAUGGAUUCUCGUUGGCCAUUGAUGAAUCUCAUGUUCGCCAGCCAGCAAACGAAAAGACUUCAAAAUUUAUUGGUGUUUAUUUAUUUAUUCAACCAAAGUUGCUAUAACACGAUUAAUUGUACAAAGAAAUGGUAAAAGUAGAACAAGAUAUUUCUAGUCUUAGUUCAGUAGAUAGUGACAAUGAACCUCCUUCGACACCGUUAGCCGCUUCGACACAGAUUGCCACCCGUGGUAGGUUAUAUGGCGAUCUAGACGAACAAUCGAGUGAAAAUGACGAUUCUGAAGUAAUCCAGAAUAAGUCUAAAGCGAACAAUGGCGCAAAGACAUCGGACAAUGCGAUGCAGAAAUACUUAACCAAGUUUCCCAAUGUCCGUUUGAGUAAACCCCGGUACAAUGUCGAUUUGGAUCUCACCGAUCCUGAUAAUGAGUUAUAUCUCGUCACCUGUCCCGCUUCCAUCGAUGCUAUGGAAUGUUUGCUUAAUGCAACACUUGAUAUUCCCACGCCCGGUAAAGUUAGAAGGAUAGAUUCAUCUUCCCCUGGACUUCAAUUAGAAGCGUUUACUUCUGGAAAUCAUAUUAAAAAUCCAGUGACUAUCUUAGUUGGGAAACAAUUGAAAUCGUUUGUGCCUACUGGUACCAUUCAGAUAAGAGAAUGUCUGGAGAAACACCAUGUACCAAAACUAAUGAAACAGAAAAACGUAAUAAAUGAAGUACCUUUUCCGGAAAUUAUUCGCGAACGACAUCCGCUGCUAGGUUUGCACUACAAAUCUGUUCAGAAACUGCCAAAACGUGUUCAAAAGUCACUUUCUAUGGCUCGGCAGCGUGCAGAUAUGUGGUACUUGCAAGACAUCAAAACCAACGCAACUGAAGUUGAGAUCGAUUCCCCUGAAAAUAAAAAACGGAAACGAACAAACACAGCUGACAACACAGAUAUAUCUGGUUCCACAUCGUUGGAAGUCAUAAAGCAAGAGAAAUUGUCACCAUCGAAGAGGAAAGUUAAAAAGGAGAAGCCCAUCGAGUCAACAGCCGUAGAGGACGACUUAUCGUGGUUGCAGAAUAUUUGAUGGAAAUAUAUGUUGUUUGUCAGGAAGCAGGAGAAUUCACAAUUGAAGAGAAAAGUUUAAAGGAAAACCUCAUCGAGCCAACAGCCUUCAAGGAUGACUUAUCGUGGUUGCAGAGUAUAUAAAAAUAUAUGUUUUUGUCAGUUAA